CUAGCUGUCAGAUUUGACGUUAGGCAGAAUUCAGUGGUGUCAUGUUUUACGAUUGCAAAUUUGCAUCGUCCUCAGUGUUUAAUUCGGUAAAAAGAACGGAUUUCCCGUUGGAAAUAGCUGCAAACUGAACAGUACCACCAAGUGGUGAACCGCAGUGUCUGAAACAAUUGCAACAGGGCACAGGCGACGGUAGAAAAUGCAGUAGAAGAUGGCCAUCGUGCACAGCGCUUCUCUAGCAGUGGAAAUGUGUCAGACAGGGAGAGUGUAGUAGUGUAGAAUUCUAUGGCCAUGGCAAGUUGCCGUCAAAGUUGGCCUAACGAGUUAGGAACCCUAUUUCUUUAGCUAGUCCCCUGUACCGCAGAACGCCAGCAAGGGCGAUAUUUUGUGUUUUUGCUCCCUGCUGUUCGAUAAAGUGAACCAUUUCCACUGCAUUUCGUCCCAUGCAUCUGGUGGUUUCCGGAGCGAGAAAAAAUUCCAAAUACGGGUAAUGUCUACGGUUGUGGGGCAACUCGUCUACCCAUAGUGGUGUGUUCAUCGUGGUGUGCGAACGUCGUGCAAAAACGUACCGUGCCCCCGGACGAGGCAUAUUUUCGGGGGUAGAUUUUUUGGGGGCAGUGCGAUAUGAAAGAAAAAUAAGACCAUUGCAUGGAAAAAUGGUGGAAUGAAAAUGAGGAAGGAAUAAAUUGUGUGGUGUGAUAGUGUGUGUGUGUAUAUGAGUGAGUUCAGUGUGUUUGUGUGUGCGAAGACGUUGCGGCGCUGGUAUCAGCAGCAGCAGUAGCGAGCGACAUAGGUCAGACGCAGGAGCGCUGCAAAGCGGGGGGGCGUAGAAGAAAAGGUUUCCCGAUCCGACGUCGUCUUCGAAGCGUACCCAUACUAGCACAUACGUACCAUCACGCAUACAGCGAAAACUGAUCUAAGUAAGUGGCGGUCUCGCGCGGCUGUCAAGUAUGUACGCGAUGAAUAUUGCAAGCAGCAACAGCAGCAACAGCAGCAACGGAAGUGCGGGUGCGGAUGCGAGUGAUGGCAAAUGGUGAAGAGUGAUUUUCUGGCACGUCGGCUUCUUCUCCGAGCCGGUGGUGUACGGUGGAAGCGGCAGCAGCUGCAGCACUGCCAGGAGAGAACAUAUAUGAACGCGCACGCAUUACCGUCUUCCUAUGCUUGGAAAUGUGCUGAAGAAAAGCGAAGAAACAUUUCACCAAGAUAGGGAAAUCCGGAUGUGGUCCCGGUGCGUUACGAGAGGAAAACUAACACAGGAAAUUGUUCACGCGAAAACCGAGAGCAUAUAUAUAUAUGUACAUUAAUAUAUAGCAAGUAUAUAGGUGAUCCGGUGUGUAUAUGCGAGACAUCGUGUGCACAGAGUGUCGAGAAAUUGUUGUUGUGUUUCGGGAAUUGCCCGGCUGUAUGCGUUUUUGGGUUCAAGUGGAGUUAGAACCCCCUGCUAGUUAGUGAGCUUUGGUCGAAGAUUUCAUCCUAAAAGGAUUCGAUUGUUUCGAUUGCUUCUCCUCCGAAGCGAACGUUUGUGCCUAAUGUGAUGUUUUAGUAUGGUUUAGUUUGAAUCUGGGACAAAAAUUUUCUCAAUUCCUUACUGUGGAGGCUGUGCGUAAUGAAAACCUUUUGCUUUGUCCGGAAUCGGAAUUUUCCAUCUAGAUCGUGACGAGCCUGGUUGGUGGUUAAGAGACAUUUUGGCUAACGCCGGUGUGCCGUAGGCAGUAGUUGGUGAACACUAGUUACCCGUCCCGUUUUUGGGCAGGGGGUUCGUGGGAAUUGUCUAGUUGUCGCAGUAAUUGGUUAAGACAAGAAAUACACCUUCCACCCAGUGGUGUGCGAUUCCCAUACGGGAGGCGGACGACACUUCCGCCACCGGACGGUUGUGGAAUCGUUGUCGGAAUUAAACGAUGGCUCCCUCGCCAGAACUUGGGCAGCCAAAAGCGCCCGACAAACCUGGCACACAUGAGGCACAGCAUGCGGGGCCAUCGACUUCCGGCGAAGUGACCGAUCGGACGUGCACCACUGCAGCUCCAACAGGAAGUGUUAGCAGUGAGACAGAUGUUAAUAAUAGCUCCAAUGCGGUGGGCACCACGAACUCUUCAAUCAACAGCGCCACCACGAAGGCAGGAACAAGCGCUGCCCCGAUUGGUGUUCCGCCCGUCAUCAGUACGAUGGCCCUGUCGGCUGCAACAACGACUACUACCACCACUCCAGCUACGGCGGUGAAGGUAUCGUCUUCAUCAACAUCAUCCGCCCUAACGCCAACAUCUGCUACAUUGACCACAUCUAGUACUCAUGGUAAAGGUGCCGAAAGCAGUAAGAAUUCGUCAUCAUCCAGUACCGCCGGCAACAACAAAGACAGUCACCAGCAGUCAUUUGCACAGGAACCGCUCGCAACCAUGAAUGAAGAUGCUCUGAAAGCUUUGCUGGAUGAAGCGAUCACUUACAAAUGCCCGAAAGAUCGUGAGCAUAAGAGCGCAACAUUUAAUGAACUGUUGAGCAAAACAGAACGCGAAGAUCAAGAGCAAAACUUUUCCUUCACUAGUCGGCCAGUACACAGCAAACGAGCCUCCUCCCGUCCUACACAGGGUGGCUCGUUGCAGGACAUAACGGAGGCCACCAAGCAAGAGUACGGAUAUACUGAGUACUGUUCCGGAUCGAGUCUGUCUCACAAACGGCAUGGUGGCGGCGGCCAUGGCGGUUCCCGCAGCAAACGUCAAAUAUCGUCGGUUUCCUCGAGGCAGCGCGAGGGCGGCAGUUUGCCUAGUAACGUGAACGAAACGACCACACCGUCCUAUAUCAGCGAGCAACCGUUCAUGAACGAGGUGCGCCAUCCGCUCAAAUCGACGUCGGCAAAGUUUUCCGCCAAAAGCAACGACUACGGAGCGCUACUGCAAUCGGCACCUCUUAAUGCGAUCGGGGCCAGCGAUUGGGGCGGUAUUGGUGGUCUGGCCGGCGAGGAAUCUCAAUCGAGUGCUGCUGGUGGCGAUACCGGAGCUGAUAGCACGAGUAUUGGCUUUAUGAGGGGUGGUGGAGUAGUUGUUUCAGGGCCCGGAGCAGCAGCACAUACUGUCAUAAAUAUGGGUGAGCUGGAUUCGGAUGAGGGUCCUUCCGGUCAUCGAGGCUUUCGGGAGAUAUUUUCCGGGCACGCGAACAACGCACUGCAACAGAACAAUCACUACGAAUCCAGCGCGGACGAAAUCGAAAUGAUGGGAAUGGGCGCCUCGAACAGUACGUCCGGUACCGGCGGCAUUGGCUGCACGUCUGCUGCGAGCGGUAGCAGUGGAACCGGCAUUGGUGGUACAAAUGUUUCAUCCGGAACAACCAUCACGUACGGCGGAACGGGAGUGGAUACGUAUGGCAAUGGCGGUACUAGCAGCAACAGCAGUACAUCCAGCAGCAGUAGCAGCAGCAGCGGACCCAACCUCGUAGGAUCAGCUCCAGGAGCUGGUGGAGGACUUUCCUCGGCUAAGAAAACGUUCUGCUACACCAAAGCACAGUACACGACGCAGGCUUGUCUAGAAAUAGGCCAGGCAACCAAUAGGCCAUCGUCGGUGCAUCAUGUUGAUACGACCGUUUCGUUACCGAUGCUAGAGGCAGUUCAGCUCGGUUCCACAUAUCCGGCGGUAAAGUGCAUGAUAGACAGCAGCAAAGUGGAUCAGUCCACCAUUAAGUCGGUACUUUCGUCUAGUAAUCAGUUCAUAUCGACAACGAGAAGUAGCCUCACUUAUCCGACAAUACAGCAAAAGUUCGAUGAGAAUGGAAAUUCAGUUUCGCAAUUUGGUAGCAGCGGAAGCGGUGGUGGUCUAGGUUCAUCCAGCAGUGGCAAUCCGAUGGGUACCGGCGGCGGUGCUUCUGGUAGUGGUUCGGGAAGUAAAAAACCUCGUAAACCGAAAUCCGAUCGCAACACCGUAGUGGUGGUGCCGGAAAAUAUAGCUGGAUACAGGGGCAAAUCCGAUAUCGAGGCACUCGUCAGCUACAUCGAAAACACUGACAAUGAUAAGUCACACCAACCACAGCACCAACUGUCUCAGCAGCAACAGUUGCAACUUCAGCAGCAGCAGCAACAACAAUCGUCGCAACAUUCAUCUUCGAAAGGAGGUAGCAGUGUGGGUGGUGGCAACAAUGCACCAGGUGGAGCUGGAGGAAUAAACUCCAAAAAUACCAACGCCAAACAGAUGGGUUCCGGUAUCGCGAGCAACAGCUUGACCAGCGCCGGUGGCUUGGCAGCUAUCGAUAACGGAGGGGAAGAAAAGUCGAAACGGAAAAAUGACAAGAAACGUGAUCGUGCGGCCAAAAUGAAGAAAAGCAAUUCGCUCGAAGAGCUAAGCAGCUGUAGCAGAAAAAAGGUUGAGGAGGAAAACACUCGACAGAAUCAUUUGGAAAAGGCCCGUGCACAGGAAACGGAUCCGGCCGUAACGUUGCGUAACAGCAAAUCGAAAAAGUCUGCCCAAACUGCAGCAACUGCUGGUGGUAGCAGCACCGGCGGAGCUUCCGCUGCAUCUGCAUCCAAUCUGACUGGAACGAAGGACGCCAGUGGAGGAAAACGCUCAGAACGAAGAUCCUGGGGAACGGAAGAGUUAAGUUUCUUCGGUAACGAUGCAACUGCUGCAUCGUCAUCGAUUCCGGUCAGCGGCGACGACGGUAUAUCCACUGCACCUUCAGGCGUUGGUGGUGGAAAGGGUAAAAAGGCCAAAGAUCACAAUGUCACGAGUGCUGCAAUGAAUAGCAACAAUGGCAGUAAGACUAGCAGCUCAACUGCAACCGCAUCCGAUGUGUGCGCUGUGGUAAAUCAUAACAAUAAGAAACGCGAUUCAUUGCGUAUGUCGGUGGAAUCAUUGUCUGCCCUAGGCGGUGGCAGUGUCGGCGCUAGUGGAGAAUCAUCCGAUUUUCUUGUGGUUACAAAAAAGAAAAAAACAAAAAAGAAGACUCAGACCCUCGGGUCGGAGGAGUCGAGUAAUAGCACCGCCGGCUCGUCGUUGAUCAAUCGUCGAUAUCAAGGAGCGGGCCCUAUUGCUGGUGGAAAUUAUGGACGAAACGCAUCCAGCAGUGGUAAUAAUGGGGGUGUUGGUGGCAUGGCUAGCGGUGGUAAUGGUGGCAACAGUGGCCGAUAUCAGUCCAGCAGCCAUUUCGCUGCAGAUCGCGAGGUUUACAUGAACAACGAUGUAUCGAGACGAAAAUCGACGUCCUCUGUUCCACCAUCUGAGAAGUCCGAUUCGAGCGAUGCCGAUUCGGUCCAUUCAUUACCGAUCGAAACGAACGCUUCCCGCAAGCAGCAGCAAAAGCAACAGAAUCAACAAUCUAAAGGCAAAAGCAAUCAGCAACAGCACCAGCAGCAACAGCAGCAGACUAGUCAACAACGGCAGGGUUCGGGCUUGGCGGCAACGUCCCAGUCCUAUGCAGCGAUUGCGCGGAUCGCAAACGUAGAGAAGGCGGGAUCGGGUGCCGGUGCCAAUGGCGGUGGGGUGGCUGGUGGUGUUGGGGAUGGUUCGGGUAAUCAUACCGAAGGCACCUCGAAUGCAUCCGCUCACGUAAACAUGAUACAAGAUCUCAAUUCAUCGGAAGCCUUCCCGCAGCUAGUCGAAUCGCAGCAAUUCCAUCCGCAUCAUCACUCUCAGCCGUCGUCAACGCAGUUGUCGGUUUCGUCAUCGUCAAGCCAGCAACAGGCGCAGCAGCAAACAUUAUCGCAUGUUUCCUGCAAUAAUAGCAGCGGCAUUGUACAUAGCAGCGCUGCCCAUGCCAAUAGCGCCGUUAGCAAUAGUAGCUUAAGUAAUAAUAGUAAUACACUAGUGGGUAGUACCACAACACGGGCAACGUACUCGCAAAGUUUGCUCACGGCUGUGAACAACUCGAACGAUGAGGGAAGCAAACAGCAGUACGCAUCGGCUAAUGCUACCUCGGGUAUAGCAGCAGGAACAAACGGCAACAGCAGCAACGAAACGAUGGCUAUCGGCGGAUCAGCCGCUGCUAAUAAUGGAGGGCAUCCAUCGAAGAUUGUUCCUGACAGCACUAAAGCGUCACUUCACAAGUCAAAGAGUGUCGAUAAUAAUGAUAUCUACUACUCAAACGAACAUUAUCCAGCGUUGGAGAAAACGGUUAAGAGCUAUCAUCAUGCAAGAGCGAACAACAGUGCCGAUCCUAGCGCGGUUGGAUCGUCAGGUGUGAACGCCACAAAUGUUGCCAAUAGUAAAACCACAUCGAAGACAUCAUCAUCUGCAGUAGUAUCCAGCAGCAGUGCCAACUCCUCGUCGAACACGUUAAGCUUUGGACAGGUAGCUGCUUCCACCGUAUCCGGUACACAAUCGUCCAUGUCUAGCACUGUUGCGGCAGUUAAUCCUACCGGAACGAAGAAAAGCAAGGCGAAAAAGGAUCUCAGUGGAACUGUUGUAACGGUAACAACGACGACAACGGCUACAUCACCGGUACAGCAACAGCUGAUGGACGUGGAAUCUACGAGCUGCUGUAACGAAUCGUGGAAUCACGCCAGUCCGAUGGUCAUCGACACUGAUUCUCAAAGCAGUACCAUGUUGCCGUUUGAUACGAGAACUCCGAUGAACGGUGGUCCGGAUGUAAAUACUAUUCACUUCCUUCAAACAUCUCCCCAACCUCAGCAACAGGUUGGCCCGGGUGGCACUUCAUCGGGGUCGCAGAAUGUGGUUACGAUAACGACGACGACGGGAUCGUCGUCAACGGGUAAGCGGCACAAAAAGGACAAACAACAGCAUCACUCUGCUUCGGCUGUGGCUGAUAAAAAGACGGGUGGUAACUCGACCGGCUCGGGUACGGCAAGCAAUCCCAACAACAAUCAGGCAACCAGAAACAAGAAUCGUCCUGCGGUAAUAAUCGUAAACGACAAUGAACCAAAAUCGAACGAAUUUACGUUCGGGUUCGACAUCGAUCAGGAACUGCUGUUUGGAGACUUUAGCGAGGAAGAUCGCAAACUGCUCGAAGGUGAUGACAAUUGUCCCGAACCACCGAAAGGCAAGGGAAAACAGCAACGUCGUAACAGUGCGGCAACUGCUGUCGAUCCGGUCCAGCAACAACCGUCGGUAAUGGCGCCGAACAACAACAACAACAGUGCUGCAGUACAAACGACCGAUCUCGAUUACGCAUUAAUGCAGCAGCAACAAUCGUCCGCCUCCGUAUCACCAUCGACGAUGCUAAAUGAUACGCGCAACAGUAGUAUCAGCAAAGCAUCACCUUCGUCCGGAUCCUCGUCCGUUUCAUCUUCGUCGGCUUCCCUUUCCUCGGCUACCACGUGCAACAGUUACCAACAGCAGCAACCGCAACAACCUGCGCUUCCGGUGGUGCAGAUGGCCAUCGUUGAUCAACCACACGAUGCAACGGAAGGGCCAGUUGAUGCGACAGUGACGGGAACGAACAUAUACCAUCCGCCACCACCGGUUGCAUCCUCUUUGCUACUGCGUACGAUCUACACACAACCGCCUCCCACUCUUCCACCGCAACAUCUUACUCCACAGCCAGCACAAUCGGCCACCUCGACCAGACCUGUACGGCAUCAUCAACAGCAACAGCAACCGCCACUGCAUCACCAGCAACAUCAUCACAAUCAGUACGCUCUUCCACCGCCUGUAAUGGCACCAGUAGCUGGUGCCGUACCAACAGUCACUGCUACCGUGUCGGUACCGGUGAAGGAUGUAAACGCCAACGCACCAGUGCAACCACCCGUGGUUGCAGUGCCAGCCGGACAUCUCAUCACCGUUCCACCGCCACCUCUAUCGUCUACGCUGGCAAUUGUUCCCAAUUAUGGUGCGGCGGUCCUAUUGCCCACCGCAUCCGCUCUUCCACCAGUCGCUGUUACCGCACCGCUCGUCGUUCCUGCAGCACCGGCAGCUGCGCUAAUCAUUGCGCAACAACCAGCAAGUAAAGAGCACGCCAGUACAGUGCUGACUGUGCAGAACGAUAUAGCAAACAACAACAGUAGUGUUACACACAAUUCGUCGCAAACUAAUGCAGUCAUACACAACAACAGUGUUGCUCAAAGCUACCAUCAACAGCAGCAGCAGCAGCAGCAACAACAACAGCUGUCAAAGGUUCAAAUAAUGACGGUUGACACUGCCGCGCAGACCCAACCAUCGCAGCAAUCUGCCUCUUCCUCCGUCGAGCCGACGAAGACAACCCAACCGAUGGUGCGUGAGAAGAUGAAAGAAAUAAAUCUGCGAUUCAUCGCACCGGAGGAAGUACACACGACGGAAUACAAUCAUGAUAAGAUUGUGUUUUUCGUAGGAACAGCAUGGGAAGAUGCCAUCUGCGGCAGCAAUGGUACCACAAAGUACUACGAAGGCCAAUAAUCGUGUGCACGCCGAUUGAAAACCUACUCAGCAGCAAUAGUGUGUGUAGUGCAAAAGUGGUAAAAUAUAAGUCGUAUCAGUGUGUAUCCAAUCGCUAAGUCAGUUAGUUUGUAAAUACAAACGCAAAACGCAAACAAUGUGCGCGCUUACUGUGAAACGUCUAGGUCAAACAAAAUGGUAAACUAUGGUUUACGAAAUCGAGAUAAAAAAAAACAAACUAAAAAAUGCUUAGCAUUCGCAAAAUAAGAAAAAAAAGGAAGCGAUGUACCAUCGGUUGAAGAGCUGAAGAUUGAACAGGGUUCAGGAUGCACAACAAACUGCGGGUGGUGUGUUGUAUAGUUUAAGAGCAAAGUAUAUAUAUAUACAUCAUAGGGAGUAUCGUUUAAAAACGCUAAACAGCAACAAAACCAGUAUGCAUCUUCGAUUACGCACGGCUCAGUGGUUUACUAAUGUCGCCGCUCUGUUGCGGAUCGAUGCGCGCGCGCAUGGAGUAGCACGUUAUGUUUUCUUUUUUUAUUUGUUUACACAACAUUCUAAGUUACCCUCCACCCGAUUUGUUCUUUUUAUCGUAAGAUCCACUUGCGUUGGUGGUUCUCUUUCUGUAUCGCAUGCCACAGGCACUAUAAAAUUCCUUACCAAGACUAAGUGGUUAUACGGAUGUGUAGGACAUUAGUGCAAAGGUUUGGUCUCUCCGUAUGUGCCAUCCAUUUUGUCGCUGUGUUUGUAGAGGAAAAAGGUUUUCUUCUACGUUUUGUGCAACAAAAGAUAAGGGAUCCAGAAACCCCAACAAAAUAUGUGCUGUCAUCAACGAUUUCGCAUUGUUCUAAAAUACACAAAAAAACACACACACAUUUACGUACUGUUAGCGAAUACUGGAAAUGGCAGGGAAGGAAGGAUGACCAAUCGGUUUUUGUUUGUUUGUUUGAAAUUUUCGUUGUUAAUCAUGCUUACUAAUUCUCUCGUUUGUUUCGUAUUGCUUUGUUUUAGAAUACCUAAACAGCGUAUUGUUGCAUGGACAAUAUAGGAUACGUUAACAGAAAACCCUACAAUGUGUCCGAUGUAGAUUUCGGAGAAAUUGUUCUCCCGUUGCUUCAUUAGGUUGUGUUACGGUGAAGCGAUGAAAAAUGGAAAAUAGAGAACCAUAAGCAAUGGCGAUAAUAGUUGCGGAAACAAAGCACAGGCAUCCAUACCACGUUGUGUGCGUCGACCAGUGAUGCAAAAAGAAAUCAUAACUGUGGGGCGUAAAUGUAUAGGAAGCUAUAAAAAAACAAGAAAAAAAACAUACAAAAACAAACAAAAAAAAAGCUUAACAAAAACAGCUAAAAGUCAUAAAAGCUAAUUUAAUAAAACACGAUGUAACCAGCUAGUAUGUUUAAAACAAAAAAGGGACAUAUGUGAAUGUAGUAAGGUGUGCGUGCGUUACAAAGCGAACCGUUUGUGUCGGUGAGCUAUGAAUGAAUGCGAAAGCACAUACAUAUGCUUGUGCGAGGUGCGAAAUGUGUAGCGUGAAGCAUAAGUAGCAGCAAUCGGGUGAAAUGUGUACUGAAUUUUCUGAAAGCAUUGAUUUGUGGUACGAGAAAACGGUGUACAUAAAGUAAAACGCGUGUGUGCAUGCGACAUGUGGUGUGUCUGUAAAGUAGUGCGAAUAAAUUAUUAUUACUAAAAAGAAAGAGGGAGAGAAAAGAAGGUAACAUAACAACCAAUGUGAUUUUAGUAACUAAACAAUGUAGAGACGAGAGCAAAUACUGAAGAAAAAAAAAGAAACUGAUUAAAGAGGGGAAAAUCAAGAGAGCAGGCGAGGGGUAGGGUUAUAUAAUGUAUUACACACUGUAGAAGGAUGUAAAAAUAUAUGGAAAAGAAGAGAGCAAAAAAGCGAUCGAGGGCCAGCCGUAACAGAUGCGUCGCUUCUGCUCUGUUGGCAUCCAGUGGAAAAAUAAGAUGGAAAAAAGAUCAACCCAUACAGGAGCAGCAAGCGGGGUGAUAGUAUAUAGGGGGAUUUUCUCGUAAUAAUGCAGAAUCAUCAUCUUCCCGGUCUGAUAACGGUUUGUAGGAGAGUGUAUAAAAGAUCCCGAUCGUUUAGCGCGAGUGUUUGUCACACGCGAACCAUGAAUCAAUCAGGACGAAAAGGGGAAAAAACAAUAUCUUGUUCAGGAACUGCUUGGUGCAGGAGGUAUGUAGUGGUCGAGUUAACAAUCGAAUUUGUCUAGGCGGGACAGACAGAGCGGAGGGACACAAUCGAAAACCAUAGUAUGCUAGUGAAACACAGCAAUUGUGUGUUGCUGUUAAGGGAAAGGAUAAGCGUUCACGAAGCUUAUCACACCCCUGGUAGUUGAUGGCGAUGUGUGGAACGGGUACCACACGUAAAGCAGCAUUAGGGUAGUAAGGGAAUGGUGGUAGCCAACCAACCGAAAGAAAGCAUUAAGUCACGUAUUGGUUGAGAGAAAGAAGAAAAGAGAAACAUUCUUUCUACUGUAAACAGGAAAGGAAAAUGUAGGUACGUGCAGUAUGCCUUGCCGAACACAGUUUUCGGUGGAUAUGUUUGUUUUUCUCGUGCAAGAAGCCAUGCCCGUUAAUAAUCGAUCUAAGGACUGCAGCCGAUCAGAGCUACUGUAACUGUAAUUAAGAGUUAUAUUAUAUAUACAAUAUUUAAAGCGAAAAUUUUCGUUACGGUCCGCUGGUUAGGAGGCAGGAGAAACAAGUGUUUAGAGGGAAAGGCAAGGAAAAAGAAAAUCAAAGGUUUAGAAGCUUACAGAGUUGAUGUGAAACGUGUAAAAUUUAUGUUCGAGCCAAGCAACAUAAACGUAAAAGUAUGCAAAAAAAAAAAAAACAAGUAAGAAAUUUGGUCUUCAAAACCAUACAAAAGUAACACACAAAAAAACACGAUAAGUCACAAAGAAGAAGGGCUUUUGCUAGGAAAGGCAAUUAGAAAGGAAAGAGGAUCGCAGGAGAUUCAGGACCGAAAGAGAAAGAAAGAAAAAGAGAGCGAGCAAGAGAGAGAAAGAGAAAGAUAGAGAGAAAGCUUAAAAUAUAUUACUAUAGUCAUUAGGAAACUAGGAAAAUCGAUAAAAUCAAUGAAUCGCGGUGGACAAAACGGUUAGCUGGACGAAUAGCUGCAAAGGGUCGGGUCCGCGUGUGUGUUCGAUAAGAAUAAGCUACCUUUAUCUCUAUCGAAGGUGGGAAACAUUACUGAAAGGAAAAUGCAAGGAACUCGAGAACCAGCAGCCAAAAUCACCAAAAUGAAAGCGAUAUAAAGUCGAUAGGCAAAGUAGAAGAAGUGCAAGGGUAGUGUGUUUAGUAGCCUGUCGUAGGUUUUCCCCGGAACUGGAUUAUGAAAAAGUGGGGUCGAAGAACAAAAGAACAAAGAAAAAAAAACGAAAACAAAACCAUACCCACACAUAAACACACUCAUAUUAGGAACAUGAGCCCCUUCAUGAGUCGCAAUUCAUCCCUGUGAAUUGUGUACUAGGAGAAAUGGGAUGGAAACAUAAAGGAAAGAAGGUGCGCGAGAUACAAACACACACAAACACAUUUAUUAGAUAGUUUCGGAAAACAAAGCAAAAGAAAUGUGAAAAACAGUGGAAGAUAAGGAAAACACAGUAAUAAGUUAUAUUAAAAGCGCGAAACAGAAACAAUAUAAAUAAACAAUAGGAUGUAACGUUAAACGAGAGAAGAAACAACAAAAAACACAAACAGACACACAUACACACUAAUCCCUUCCUUUUUCCAAAAUGUACACACUAAUAAAUGCGCAUCCAUAGCGUUAAAAUGCAAAUUGUGACGAUGUAGAUGAUUGUGUUUAGCAUUGUGAACCCAAAGCCCUGGCGUAAGAAAUGUGUAGGUGGUGCGGCAGAGAGAAAGAGAGAUUAGGAGGGAGCAGUUUCUUUUUUUUGUUGUUGUUGCACAAUGGCAAUACCCGCUAUUAAGCAGAAAAAAAGAAAAGUAAUGAAGAUAUGGAAUCCGGUGUAAUAAGCAUAAUAAACCGGAAGAAGAAAAGUAAAUAAGUUAGGAAAGAGAGUAAAAUCGGAAAAAAUAGAAAGAGAAAGGAAAAAAAAAGGAAGUGAGAAAAGUGAAGGAACAGAAAGAAUGUGGCAGAGAAAAGGAAGAGAAAACGACAGAAACAGAUAGGAUAUUAAAAGUCAGCUUCAACAAAUCCAGUACUGCAAUAGAAGAAACUGCAAUAGAACAGCGCAUACACGUGCAUGCACACACACACACACAUACACAUCCAACAUACAGUCGUACACACACACACAUACACACACAAGUGCAGAUUGAGUCGAAAAUUAAACACAGCCAGGAUUGAAAAUCUAAUUUAGUAGUUAAGCUGACGUUAAAUGCGGAAGUAAGAAAGUUCAGGAGGAAUGGAAAUCUACUGCUGCACAAUUGACGUUCCUUUCCCUUUACUAUUGUUUUGAUUUUUUUUCAUUGUUUCAAGUUCAUUCAAGCAACUUGCUGCAAAGGUGAAUACUUUUAUCCACAUUAUGUUCAGAUAUUUUUUCUUCUUUCAUGUGUAUGCUACUUUAAACAUGUUGAAAUUUGAUACAUGUUACCUUUUCUAUUUUCUUUUAUUUUGCUCUGCUUAAUUCCCAUCGAUGGGAAUAUGCACGAUGGAUGUAUGUUGUCUUAUUGAACUUCAGCGGCGACGUUUGUAGUAAUGUUGUGGCACCGAAGGCAGGCAAAUAUUGUCAAAUGUUUGUAGCGCCAAACAAGUAGUAACAGUUAAUGUUUAAACCCACAAGAGGUCCUUAAUUUUUCUGCCUUUCCUUUCAUCAUUUUCCUGCUACUGAUCGUGCGUGUCGUAGACAAAGAUUGAGAAGAAAGUGAAAGCAAUUGUGCAGCAGAGAAUUCCACGGGAAUGAGGAAAAAUAAAUGGAAGAAACUUUUUUUUUA